UUUUAGGUUUGGUAUACAGUAUACUCAUCUCAGUCAUCUGAGUUGUUGAUAAGCCCUGAUUUAUUACUCCACCUCUUUGUGGUUCUUUUUCAUGUCUCAUCUCUUUCUUGGAGCCCUCCGGAGUUUGGAGCAAUCAUUUGGCAUGCUACAUAGCUCUAGAGAAAGCUCCGACAAUUCUUGGAUUCGGAUACUUUGUUCAUUUAGAUUGCAGAUGCGAGCCACGAGGUCACCGUCGAAGGUCGUAAGUCAAGCUCUUAUAAACAUCUUCGAGGCCUAUAUAUUGACUGGAGUGAUGCCCAUAAUUUGCAACAGUUGCUUCUUUACUCCGGUGGAUACAGCUCUGGGUGCUGUCAAAUAAUAGGUGAGUUUUCGUUUUUAAGAUUUGUUCCCUCUC